AUGUCGCUGCUGCAACCUCAAAUGUCUUUUGCUCAAACUUAUAUAUUAGCCAGCAAAGUUAGAUCCAAAUUAACUAGAGAAGCUCAAUCUCCUAAAUCUUCAUUAAGAAAUUUGGUGGUUCAAGCUAAUAUGUUGGAUAAUAUUAUGGAUUAUAUUAGUGAUGAAACUAAAAGAAGAACUAGUGAAAAAUUAACUUCCAAAACCAACACCCAGAAGAGUUCUAGUGGGUACCUUAGUCCUGAAUCUUCAAUGGUUCAAUUUGCUCCAACUCCAGUUAGACAAGCUUAUAAAACUUCAAUUACUGAAUAUGAAAUUGAUAGUGAUUCAUCCGAUGAUGAUGAAGAAGAAGAAGAAGAAGAUCAUGAAGAUGAUAAUGAAGACGAUUACUUUUAUGAAGAUGGUCAAAAUGAUUACGAUGAUCUUGAUGAUUAUGAAGAUUCUGUUGUUAUGGAACAAGAUGAAUUAGCUGCCAUUAAAGGUGUUUACUACGAAGAAGAUCAAGAAGAAGAAGAAGAAGACAAUUUAUCUGAAACUUCAUCAAUUUAUUCUAAUUCAUCAGAUUCUGAUUUAGAUUCUGAUUCUGAUGAAUAUUAUAUUUAUUCUGAUUCCGAUGAAAUCAUUGAAGAAAAUAAUAUUGCCAUAGAAGCUACUAUUCCUAGAAAUUUCAAGAGUUUAUCGAUUGUCCCACCACCAUCAUCAACAACAUCAUCAACAACAUCAACAACACAGUCGCCAUUGCCAUCAAUUGUACGUUCUAAUUCUACCCCAAUCACCAUAACAUCAUUGCAUACAAUUGAUGAACAACAAGAAAUUGAAGAAGAAAAACAACCAGAAUUGUUAUUACAUGAAAAUAAUCAAACUAUAGAUUGGAAAUUGAAAAAUCAUAAUCAUCCACAAAGUUUAUAUAAAAAUCAAAACAUUUCUUUAGAUCAAUUUUUUUAA